AAUAAAAGUGUUUCGCAAAGAUGCAAGGACUAUCGGAAAAAGAGUGCGCUGGACUGAAAAAUAUAUUAAGCUCAAUGACAGCAGGCGACUUAAUGUCACUCUGUGACACGGUCACAAAUAAGAUGAUAGUAGUUGAAAAUGUUACAGAAGCUAUGGAAACUAUUCUUUCCUUUUCUAAAAAUGCCGAAGAGCUCCUUAAAAGGAAGAAGGUGUAUCGUGACCUCAUAUUCAAGUAUCUGGCUAAAGAAGGGGUGACGAUGUCUCCGAACAGUGAAAAACACCAGCUUGUUAAAAGGACGCUGGAGCUGUGGUCAUCCAUGAAGGUGGAUGAGGCCAAACAGCCUGCAACAUCUGUGUUGGCAGACACGCAAGGUGAGGUGGGCUUUGAUCCACUGGUCCUGGCCAAGCAGUUCUGCCAGUGGUUCUUUCAGCUGCUAAACAGUCAGAAUCCUUCACUAGGCCAACAGCCUCAGGAAUGGGGACCACAGCAUUUCUGGCCAGAUGCAAAACUUAGCCUCGUGUCCAGAACUGCCAUUGAGCAGAUGGAUGAGUACUUGGGUGCUGAACUGGUCAGUCUUCGUCUCUUGGCCCUGACCAGUGGAGAGCGUCUCCUCUUCAGUCCCAACCUGGAGCCUCAUGGACUUAGGGCCUUGGCCUCCCCCCAUGGCUUGGUACUGGUUGCUGUAGCUGGAACCAUCCACAAAGACACAGUCUGUCUUGGCAUCUUUGAGCAAAUAUUUGGCCUAAUUUGCUCACCGCUGGCUGAAAACAGCUGGAAGAUUAAGUUUGUCAACCUGAAGAUCAGAGGACAGGAGGCUCUGGGGGCGACAGAAGUAGCAGCACCCUGUCUGAGCUUCAGCCCUAGUGAACUCCAGCUUCUUUGUAGCUGAUGACAGGUAGAUUAAAAACUUUUCUCUUACAAAUAAUUUUAAGCAGGCACAGUUUUACUGACUGACUAUGCAUUUUUUACAAAGAUGACCUAUCACAUCAUGAGGAUAACUUGAUGCAUAGCAAUGUAAAAAAAAAAAAAAA